AUGGUUCAAGAGACGGUAGAGCAAGUUGAGAUGCUCAAGGUUCGGCUUAAGGAAGCCCAUGACCGUCAGAAGAGUUAUGCAGAUAAGCGGCGUAAGGAUUUGGAGUUCCAGGUUGGCGACCUUGUGUACCUGAAAAUGAGGACAUUUCAAGGAGGAUCUAAGACUCGGAAGCUGAAGAAGCUUAAACCAAGAUAUAUGGGACCAUACCCGAUUUUGGAGCGAAUUGGAGCAGUUGCUUACCGAUUGGAUUUAUCGGAAGAGUUAUCAGACUUCCAUGACGUGUUUCAUGUUUCGGUUUUAAGGAAAGUCGUGAGAGAACCGGAGCUCAUUUUACAACAGUCGCCCAGUGACCUUGAUAGAAAUUUGUGUGCGCCGUGUCAGCCAGUGGAGAUAUUGGAUCGACAAGUGAGAGCAGAUAAUGGUAUGAUGACCAUGUUGGUCAAAGUUCGUUGGGAGAGAGACGGAAUUCUGGAGGAGACCUGGGAGUCUGAGCCGCAGAUGAGGAUUGAUUAUCCAAGAGAAGAGAAGAGAAGAGUAGAGAAGAGAAGGGAAGAGAAAAGAAAGAGAGGGGAAGGUGAGAAGAAGGAUUUGGAGAGGUUGAGCUUGUCACCGGAGUUCGUUAGAGCCUCUGCACCCCGUGACCGUGUUGAGCUCUCCACCACCGUUAACCGCAGACCAUCAUCGUGUUCCUCUCGUCGAGACGAAGCCAUAGACACCAACCGCGCCGCGAUUGGAGCCCGGGCGAGCCCUCACGCGCCUCCAGAAGAUCGCCAUGCACACGCGCGUGAAACGCACGCGCCGCCGCCGCCACCGCAGCUCCGCCGUCGCCGCCGGCCAACUUUCCGGUAA